AUGUUAAUUUCUAAGACUGAGAAUGAAGAGCAAUCUGAGACAGCAGUUAAUUCAACACAACCUGUUUGCCCUAAUUGUGGUGCUGCAAGGGAAAGUAUUUUAGAAUAAGUGCCAUCUCCAGCUUCAUUUAUAAUUUCCUUUAUUUCUUUAUUUUAUUUUGGAAUUUGGUGCAUAUUUAUAAUCCCAUUAGUGUUUCAAUCAACAAAAGUAUAUAAAAUAAAUAAAUGUCAAGAUGAUUAUUAAGAGAUGUUACUAUUGUAAUUAGGAAUUAGAAAAAAGAAAAUACUUUUAAUUACCAAAUAUUAAUGAUUAAGUAUUAUAAUUUAGAUUUGGAAAUUGUAUUGUAGUAGUAUCUAGAAAAUAUGCUUUAAUUUUAUUGACAAUUAUUAUUUGCUUGUUUUUUUAUUUUGAAUAUUUUAUAGAGAAAGAGCAACCAUAAAUUGAAGCAAAUGUAUAUGCAAAUAAAUCAUGGGUUGAUUUUUUAUAAUUUUGUGGGAAAUUUUAAUUUGUUGAUAAUGGUUUGAAAGCAAGACAUUAAUUUGAAACUUAUUUUAAAAAUAAAAUAGUUUCAUGGAAAGGGUAUUAUUAAAUAAAAUUAAUUUUAGUGAUUAUAUACAAACUAAACCUAAUCAUGAUUCAAAUUUUCAUUUUAAUUAUUGGGUAUAUUUAAAGAUGGAUCCUACAGAAUCAACUGAUGAUUUACCUGAUAUUAUAAUUGGUGUAAGGGACUCUUAAUAUUAAAUUGAAACAUUUUAAAAAUUGGAAAAGGGUAAGCCAAUACAUUUUGAAGCUAAAUUUCUAUUUUUAGGAUCAGAAUAUAACUUCCAUAUUUUAGAAUUAAAACAUCUUACUGUGAUACCAUCUGAAGUUGUGGAAGAUAUAAAGAAACUUCAUCAAUUCACAUUAGAUAUGGACUAAUUCUAAUAAUUAAAGAGAACAAAAUUAUAAGAAUCUCUUAAACAUAAGAUUCAUAUGUAUAAUCCUAAAUCAAUACCAGGAAUCCAGAAAAUAAUAGAAAAUAUCUAAAUAGUAAAUAAUACUAUAUCAAAUAAAAAUUAAGAAAAUAUUCAAAAUGAAUAAAAUAAUAAAGAACAAUAGAAUGAGAUAGAAAAUAAAAAUAAUGUAGAUUAAAUAGAAAAUGAAUAAAAGUAGGAUAAUAAUGAAACAGUAAAUUAAUAGGAUGGAUAAGAAUAAUAAUAAUUUGAUCCUUCUAGUGUUAAUAUAAAAAUUGAUGAAUCUAUAAGGAAUGAGAUUUUAUCAAAAGAUUCUGGUAUAGUUGAUGGAGUUAUUGAUGAUGAUAAUAAUAAUAACAGAAAUUAAGAUUGA